GGCUUGUCUUUGCUAGGAUACCAUCUGUGCAAUUAUGUGACCAAGAACGUAUAUAAAAUGAUUGCCUACCAAAAGUCCUAUGAGAAAAAGACUUCCUGUGGAGGAUGGAUACCAUGGAUGAUGUGUCCCUGGAUGUACUAUAAAAUGCAGUAUCAUACUGUUGAAGUCCCUGAAACAGUUACUCUUGCAGAUUGCUGUGACGGAUAUGAACAACUUGGACUCUACUGGUCUUUAGAAUUCGGGGGAACAUUCUGGUACAAUGUGACAAUGCUUGUGAAAAUGGAUUUUAAUGAACCAAUCAGAGUGGAUUCCCACCUUCUGAAUCAUUCACGCCUUUUGCACUCCAUGGUUACUGGUGCAUUACAGCCCUUGAAUGUCUCUGCAUACCAUAUACAGAGUAGACGUGCAGACGUAUAUAUUGGGACAGUGGCCUCCCAGGUUCUUGUUGGCUUGCAACAGCCAGCUCUGCUGGCAAAGGUUACUUCUUCCUUGAAGGACAUUGUGAAGCAUGUGUAUGAAGUGAUUGACAUGGAAGUACAAGAUGUCAAUGAAUGUGCCUAUGUUGAACUCAAUGCUUGUCCUGAGGAAAACAUCUGUGUAAAUCUGGAGGGUUAUUACAGCUGCGAACCUCAGCAUGUCAACCUUCAUCAGCUGAACCCAAGAAAGGAAGGCAUGGCAGCAUCUACUCCAAGCUCAGCAUUGAAUCUCAAUAACAGCAGCAAUAGCUCCCCAUCUAAAAUUAAAAACCACCGAAUCUUCAGUGUUACCAGCAACAGCUUUGAGAUGUCUUGACAUGUCACUUCUACUCUGACCCAUACUUCCCAAGUCAAAGUGUUCAAGGGCAAUGAGAUUGUGCAAAACCUGAGGACAGAGGAAAUGAGAAUGGACGUGUAUCAACUGGAAGCAGGUGUGAUGUAUUCAGUAGAGGUCAGCUAUGAAACCUGUGGAAAAACUGUCAUCUCCUGUAAAAAUGUUAAAACAGAGGCCAAGGUAUUUGGUGUUACUAUGAGAGUUCUCAACUACAACUUCACUGAUGAUUUCCACAAUUCUAGCAGAUCUGCAUAUGAAGAAUUUUCAAGACUGUUGCUUAUAGAGAUUGAACAUUCAUUUCCACCCAACAUUUCUGCUUUGUACAAAUCUGGGAAGCUGAAAGUGCAGACUGAAUCUCUUCAAGCUGGAAGCAUCAUUGUGAGGCUCAGGAUCACUGUGCAGGAUCCCGAGUUGAUGCCUCCACUUUUGUCCCAGUACUGGGAUGAAUGCACUUCUGAUGUUGAGAAUGACUGCUCUGUGUUUGCACAGUGUUUCAAUUUGAUGGGCUCAUACCUGUGCAGAUGCAAGACAACUAUGGAUACCAAUCCAUCCCUACCUGGAAGAAACUGUGAGGUCUCUGCCACCACCAGCAGUCAUUCAGCUUUUGGCAUACCUCAAGCCAGCUCUCAAGGUGGUGCAGCUCUGCUGGCCUUAGGGGAUGCUAGCGUUCCCACCCUCAACACCACUCUCAGAGCACAUAUUGAGAUGGGAAGUGAGAAUAGCACCUGGUCUGAGGAGAAUAGUGGAGUCACAGGGUCACCAUCUUCACCAGGUGUGUCUCCAGCUCCCAGCCCGACGGCAGGCCCAGCCGUGGGCUGCGCUGUCCAAAAACUUAGUGGCAAAGUAUGGCUAACAAACAUUAAAUACUCUCCAGGCUUCAGCAAUACAAGCAGUGAGGAAUUCCAAACCUUUGCACAGCUCUUCAUUGAUAAAGUACAUAGAUCUCUGCCCCUUGAGGUUCUUCAGAAGAUGGAUGCUGGUCUGAUUAAAGUGUUGAUAACAAGUAUUACUAAUGGGAGCACAGUGGUAAGUUUCAAUUUACUGAUUGCAGAAGACAUGGACAUCUACUACAUCAUCACCACUUUCCGUGGUGCCUUUGAACACACUUCCUAUUUCAGAGUUGACAAGAGCAGUCUCUCCAUAAACGAUUAUGAUGAAUGCGAAAGCGAAGAGGAUGACUGCUCCCCGGAUGCAUUGUGCCAUAAUACACUUGGGUUUUACCAGUGUAGCUGCAAUGAAGGAUUUGCUGAUGUGCAUCCAGAAAGGCCUGGAAGAAGCUCAUCUCCUGUUCCCCUCCUUAAAACUGCCCAGGAGAUUUCCAUUAAAGAUGCAGUGAUAGUGUUUUGUGAAAUUGAGAAGAUUGUCCUUGCCAUCCAGAAGAGAUUUUUACAGCAGGAAUCUAUCCUUGAAACCUCCUUAUACCUGGGGGAGCUUCACUGCAAUGUGAGCAUCAGCAAUGGCACUCAUGUUGUGCUGCAGGCAGGAUGGAGCAACUGUGGCACUGAAGUUGAGACUAACAUUACUAAUACUGUGGUGAAAACCAUCCUUUGGAAUGACGUUUCUGCUCAGGGAGUAAUCCACCACUUAAAAGUUGCCACUCCCAUUCACCAUAUGUUUCAAAAUGAUCUCUUGACUUCCUCUGGAUACAUUGCAGAAGGACUUUACACUAUCUUUGAGGAUUUGCAUGGAUCUGGACACUUCAGAACUGAAAUGCAGUUGUUUAUUGGAAAUUCUCCAAUACCAAAAAGUUUCAGUGUCUCUGCCAGUAAUGAGGUACUAAUCGAAGUGGACAUCCAGAGAGCAGAUAGCAAGGUCAAGGUCGUCCUCACUGACUGCUGGGCAACUCCAACUAAUAAUUCAGUGGAUCCCUUCUCAUUUGCUUUUAUCAGCAACAGCUGCCCCAUCCCAAACACAUAUACCACGCUGAUACAGAAUGGGAAUUCAAGCAAAGCAUGGUUUAAGAUGAAAAUCUUUUCCUUUGUCAACAAUUCUGUGGUUUACUUACACUGUAAAAUUGGUAUAUGUAUGGAAACACCAGGAAGCACCUGCAGGAUGGAAAGCCGCAGUAUCUUUGGAAUAACCUCAACAAGCUAUGGUUCCCAGAAGAUACCUUUAGGAUGCAACUUAAAAACACCUGAAUUGAAGAGAGAUAAAGAGGCUGGAAUGGGAGUUGGAUACAUCAUCCUCACUGCCUUUGCUGUGUGUGUUUUUGUGCCAGCAGUUGUAAGCCUUCUCAUUUUCCAGUACCAGCGAAAGAUGGGAAGAUACAAUUGGAAGAUCAAGUCUGAUAACUUCAGCUAUCAAGUAUUCUAUGAUUAG